UGUCAAAGAAAUAGUAAAAGUGAGGAAAGUUUCCAUCUCAGGUUUAAAGAUGCGCUGGGUUUGUUCCUGUGCGUUGUUGCUGAUGGUUUUGGAUAAUGCUGUGCCUGUGGCAAUGCCUGCGUGGAGUAAACACAAGGUGGCUAGUAUUCAGUUACAUAAACCAUGUGUGCAGACACCUCCACCUGUGGACAUGCAAUCACAUGGAGGUCCGGGUCGGUCCAAGCGCUAUGCCAUCAACCCACUGGGAUACAAGUGGGAGCAUUUCAACAUCACCUACAAGAUCACAAAGUUCCCAAACACGCUGAAUAAAGAGGAUACCCGCAAAGCUAUCAGUAUCGCCUUCACAAAGUGGAGUGAUGUUUCCCCUCUGACUUUCACUGAAAUCACCAACCCCAACAAAAGUGCUGACAUCACAAUAGGCUUCUACACAUACAAUCAUACAGAUUGUUGGUUGUCUCCACUGCACCCAUGUUUUGAUGGUUUGAACGGUGAGUUGGCCCACGCCUUCCUUCCCCCACGUGGGGAGAUCCACUUCGACAACCACGAAUUCUGGAUUCUGGGCAAAUCUCGCUUCAGCUGGAAGCAAGGUAUAUGGCUGAAUGACCUGGUUCAGGUAGCUGCUCAUGAAAUUGGACAUACCUUAGGACUAUGGCAUUCACGGGACCCCAAUGCUCUAAUGCACCCUAAUGCAACCUACACAGGUCAGCGAAAUAUUGCCCAAGAUGAUAUCUGGGGCAUCCAGCGCCUCUACGGGUGCAUGGACAAAAAGCGUGUGUGUGAUCCCUGGGCCCAGUUGGGUUUUUGUGAGAUGAGGCGGAGCUUCAUGAAGAAAAACUGCCCACAGCGCUGCAACCUGUGCUACGAGCCUCUGGAUGCUGUGUCCACUCCGACCCCUCCACCUGAAAAUGUGAAGAUCAAAAUUGUGCCUAGAGGAAAAGUUGUGGGCUUCCGCUGUGGGACAAAAAAUUCCCUAGUGCCUCCAAAAGUCAGCUGGUAUAAGGACGGCGAGCAGCUAUUGACAUCCAUUCCUGGCUAUAUUGUAAUUAAAGAUCGGGAUCUGCGGCUUGUGGCCAAUGAAUUCAAUGAAGGGACGUACACCUGUCGCAUCCAUCGCCGCGGUAACAUAGUCUCAGCUAACUCCUGGGCCAUCCGCUUGAAGCCAGAGCAGUCCUCCAACAACAGCUGAU